AUGGCCGCCACAGCCCCGCACGGCCCCGGGCGCUCGAAACUGCGCGCGCGGACCGCGCUCGCCCCGCCCCUUCCCGCCACCGGCCUAUCAGCGCCCGGCGGCUGCGCCGCGCGCCGACCCCUCGCCCAAUCGCCGGCUGCCCUGCCCUCCCGACCGUUGGCGCAGCGUCACCCGCGCGCCCCUGCGCCCCGCGGCGGAAGGGGCGGCGCGGCGGCGGCGCCGCUCUUCCCGUCCCGUCCCGUCCCGUCCCGGGGCACCGGGGGUCACCCCAUGGCCGCGGCGGCGGCAUCGCUGCUGCUGCGAGCGGCGGGCCGGGCCCUGCUGGGCCGUGCCGCUCCCCUGCCCUGCGCCCAGCGGAGCUUUAGCGACUGCGGCGGGGCGCGCUGGGCGCCCGUGCGGCCCGGCCUCCCCGUGCCGCUGUCCUCGCCCCUGGCGGGGCUCUCCCGGCCCAUCCGCAUCAAGGAGCCGCCCAAGCGCAAGCCGGUAGAUCGGUGGACGAAGAAGCGGGCGUUGUUCGGGGUGUAUGACAACGUGGGCAUCCUGGGCGGCUUCCAGAUCCACCCCAAGAGUCUCAUCAUGGGGCCCACCUGGCUGCGAGGCUGGCGGGGGAACGAGCUGCAGAGGUGCAUCCGCAAGAAGCAGAUGGUGGGCGAUCGGAUGUUUGCAGAGGACUAUCACAAGCUCAACAAGAGGAUCCGCUACUUGUACAAGCGCUUCAAUCGCACCGGCAAGCACCGCUAGGCAACAGCAGUGGCCUCGGGCUGUGGAGUGUAGUUUUGUGGUGUUGCAGUCAGAAUAAAGCCAGCUUCCACACG